UCUCAGUACUGACAGCGACUUCCCGUUUUGUCCACCACGCGAUGGUGGCUGGCUUCCAGACAAGUUGAAGACAAGUUUACACAGUAAAUCAUGGAAGGAAAAAGUUUUGGUCAAAAAUUUACAUUUAAGCGAAAACGAAGGGGAAAGAGCCUGAAUCGAAAGUCAGCUGUAAAAAAGAAUCAGGUUAUUAUCGAUGAAAUUGCAGACCUUAACAGGAGGAUAAGUGAAGGGAUAGUUUCAUCUAAGAUUAAAAGUUUUACAGAUUUCCCUUUGAGCAGGAGAACUCUAGAUGGUCUAAAAAAUGCCAAAUAUGAGGUGCCAACAGAGAUUCAAAGGGAAUGCAUUGGUCUGGCGCUACAAAACAGAGAUGUCCUGGGAGCGUCAAAGACUGGAUCAGGAAAAACGCUGGCAUUUAUUAUACCUGUGCUGGAGACCUUGUACAAAAUGAAGGGGAGUCAGCUCUGUGGCUUAUGUGCUCUUAUCAUAUCUCCAACCAGAGAACUUGCCUAUCAGACUUUUGAGGUAUUGAAGAAAGUGGGACGAUUUCACGAUUUUUCUGCAGGACUUGUUAUUGGGGGCAAGCCACUUCAAGAGGAGGCAGAGAGGAUAGCCAACACUAAUGUCAUUGUCUGCACUCCUGGUCGUCUCCUGCAGCACUUUGAUGAAACAUUUAAUUUUAGUGCAGACUGUUUGCAAAUUCUUGUACUGGAUGAAGCUGAUCGCAUUCUGGACUUAGGUUUUGCAAAGGCCAUGAAUGCCAUCAUUGCAAACUUACCUGCAGAGCGACAAACAUUGCUGUUUUCAGCAACACAGACAAAAUCAGUCAAAGAUUUGGCACGGCUAAGUCUUUUUGAUCCCGUGUAUGUAUCGGCACAUGAAAAUGCUGCUUACAGUACUCCUGUUCAUCUGGUUCAGAGCUAUAUUGUGUGUGAUCUGCAUCAGAAGAUAUCAUUGCUAUGGUCAUUCCUAAAAAAUCAUCCACGUUGCAAGAUUUUAGUAUUCCUUACGUGCUGCAAACAGGUAAAAUUUGUACAUGAGGUGAUACGAAGACUGCAGCCAGGCAUGACUGUGUUGUGUCUUCAUGGAGGUAUGAAACAGCUGAAGCGUGUUGAGGUGUAUGAAGAAUUCUAUCGCAAACAGCAUGUUGUGCUUUUUGCUACAGACAUUGCAUCCAGAGGACUAGACUUUCCUGCUGUUAACUGGGUUGUACAGUUAGAUUGUCCAGAGGAUACAAGUACUUACAUACAUCGAGUGGGACGAACUGCAAGAUUUGAACGUGAAGGUGAAGCGCUGCUUGUAUUAUUGCCAACAGAGGAGGAUGCUAUGAUACAGCAGCUUCAGUCAAGAAAAAUACCCAUUAACAAAAUAAGGGUAAAUCAGAAGAGAAUGAUGGAUCUCUCCUCUAAGCUGCAGGCACUGUGUGCCUCAGAUACGACACUUAAAGAAAUGGCUCAGAGAGCAUUCAGAACCUACCUAAGAAGUAUUUUGCUGAUGAAAGACAAAAAAGUGUUUGACGUUCAAAAACUUGAUACAGAGGCCUUCUCCAAAUCAUUAGGCCUUGCCAUCCCACCUCGAAUCCGUUUCUUGGGAAAACAUGAAGCACAAAUGAGGGCACAAGACAGCAGCAGUGGCCAGGACACUAGCAGUGAGGAUGAGAGUGAGGACAGUCAUGAUGAAACAGACGAGAGCUCUGAACAUCUGCCCAAAGCAAGAGAAAGCCAAAGCAACAGGAAAAAUGAACAUUUUGCAGCGUUUCUGGAUGAGGAAGACACAGAUGAUGAUGGGGAAAUAGGCAUGUUUAGAGUAAAGAAGACAGCAGCAGCAAUCACACCUGUAAGCAUGGUGCCUGAAGAGACAGAGAAUGAGGAGGAAAAGAACUCACGGAAAAGGCCAACAACAAAGGCUGCCAUAGCUAAGCGCAUGCUAAAGAAAAGUAUUGUUGCCAACACAAAGACAAAGUUUGACGAUGAAGGAAAUGCAGUCAUUGACAUCCACAAGAAAAGAUUGACUGAUGACCAAGAAAGGGUCGAAGAUGAAGCAGGAGGUAUUAAUGUAGAGGCAGCAGCAAAGCGAAUGAGGAUGGAAGACAUGGUAGACAAAGAUUUGUACAGACAAAAGAUUAAGCAGAAACACAGAGAGGAACGAUUGAAGAAAAAAGAAAGACUGCGUGCAGAGAAGGCUCAAAGAAGAGCUGGUCAAGAAGAUGAGGAGGAAGCUGUACUUGCUUCUGCAGAUGAUGAUGUAAAUCCUUUGAACUUCAUCCCAGACCCUGAUGAGCUGGCAGCUAGAAUCUCAGCACAAGAAAAUAACAGUGGUGAUGAGAGGAGCAGCUUUGGGGAAGAGGAGGAUGAAUCCUCAGAUAAUGAAGAAAAUAGUGGUUGUAAUCAUUCAUUCAGUGAGUCUGUGUCUCAGACCAGUGAUGAGGAAGAAACAAGAAGAGAAAGUGUGCAAGAUGAUGAGGACCUGGCACUUCGUCUGCUUGCUGGAGCCAUGCACAGAUGAUGACAGCUUCCACUGGACUGUUUUGAUUUCAGAACACCAUUGACCUUAAUUGUUUAUAACAGCUGUGUCAGGCAUCUUACGGAGUUGAUAAAAAUGAUAUAUGCAGUC